CUGAUUGCACCAAGUUGUUGUACUACGGGAGCAAAUCGGGCAAUGAAUUACAAGCUAGUAGCUAGAACACCAAAGUAGCUAGAUAGGCAGCUAAUUAUCGAAUAUAAACCAGGGAGGAGAUUCAGGAGUCAACACCAAGAAAGAGCUCUCGAUAAACUAGUGAAAUAAAUGCCUUUACGCUGAAAAAUGGGUGGAGAUGUGUGUAAAUAGAAGCUAGUAACUUAGCAGGCUGUCAACGCAAUUUUCAAAGCCAGAUAGGUUUUUUGUUUGUUGUUGAUAUCAUUAGCUAAUUGGUUGGCAAACAUUAACUAGACAUUUAUAAAUCGAUUAACCGUGUCAUCUCGUGUGUUGAUAGCUAGUUAACUAUUUAACUAGCUUGCUAUUAUGACAGUCGAAACAUUGGUAACUAGUUGCGCUUGGAAAUCGAACGAGCAGGCUCUUCAAGAGGAUAGCUUUAGUUAGCCUAAGGUGGCUACUGUCAUUCAAUUAUCCAAAGCUGAUAGUAAACAACAUCUACGCUUAAUUGUGAAUAGGUAUUGAUUGCAAACCACUCGACACUUGGCAAACAUCACCGGGAAAUGAAGAAGUUCUUCGAUUCACGCCGGGAACUUGUGAGUUCCGGGCCUGGUUCUGGAGCGGGUGGAGGAGGCAUUGGGUCCGGCAGCAGCGGUGGCAGUUUCAUUGGACGGGUAUUCACCAUUGGACGGUAUCAAGUGACCGUUGAUGAAACUGUUGCUGAAGGAGGCUUUGCCAUUGUGUUCCUGGUGCGGACCCACCAGGGGGUCCGCUGUGCCCUGAAGAGAAUGUACGUCAACAAUGAGCAUGACCUGCAUAUCUGCAAGCUAGAGAUCCAGAUCAUGAGGGACCUUGUGGGCCACAGGAACAUUGUGGGUUUCCUGGACUCCAGUAUAACUGCAGUGGGAUCAGGAGAUGUCUGGGAGGUCCUCAUCCUCAUGGACUUCUGUCGUGGCGGUCAGGUGGUGAACCUGAUGAACCAGCGUCUGCAAACGGGCUUCACUGAGGCAGAAGUGCUGCAGAUCUUUUGUGACACCUGCGAGGCUGUGGCCCGCCUCCACCAGUGCAAGACGCCAAUCAUCCAUCGAGAUCUCAAGGUGGAGAAUAUCCUGCUCCAUGACCGGGGACACUACGUGCUGUGUGACUUUGGUAGCGCCACCAACCGCUUCCAGGACCCUCAGGCAGAGGGCGUUCCACUGGUGGAGGAGGAAAUCAAGAAGUACACUACUCUGUCAUACAGAGCCCCAGAGAUGAUCAACCUUUACAAUGGCAUGGUCAUCACUACAAAGGCAGACAUCUGGGCUAUGGGCUGCCUACUGUAUAAACUGUGCUACUUCACCCUGCCAUUUGGGGAGAGCCAGGUGGCCAUCUGUGACGGCAGCUUCACUAUACCAGACAACUCCCGCUAUUCCCCGGACAUGCACUGCCUCAUCAGAUACAUGCUGGAGCCUGACCCAGAGCUGAGACCAGAUAUCUACCAAGUGUCCCACUUCUCCUUCAGGCUGGCCGGGAUAGAAUGCCCCAUCCGGAACGUACAUAACUCUCCUAUUCCUACAAAACUCCCUGAACCUAUCAGAGCCAGCGACGCUGUGGCCAAAAAGAGUCAAUCCAAAGCCAGGCUCUCAGACCCUGUCCCCACAAUGGAGACGUCCAUCACGCCCCGUUCACGCCCCAAAGCUGGAGGGGCCCAGUCCAUAGGCAUCCUGCCCAUCCAGCCGGCCCUCACCCCACGCAAGAGACCCAACAUGGCUGCAGGAGGGUCCCAGCCCAUAGGUGUUUUAGGCACCGCCCAGCCUGCAGUUGCUGUCCAAUUAGUCCAGCAGGUCACACCCCCACUGGCUCAGACCGCCCCUUCGCAGCCCAUGGCCACGCCCCAGCAUCAGCAGGGUCUCUUCAUGAAGCAGCAGACUGCAGCCUUCUUCAGCCCACAGCAGCAGACCAACCAGCAUCUGGCUCCUGGACGUGGGCUCCACAAGGUUGGCACCCUGACACCCCCCUCCUCCCCAAAGAUGCCCCCCCGAGGCAGUCACAGACGCAUCCUGAGUGACGUCACCCACAGUGCUGUGUUUGGGGUCCCAAUCAGCAAGUCAACCCAGCUACUGCAGGCGGCUGCAGCCGAGGCCAGCCUCAACAAGUCCAAGUCAGCAAGCACCACCCCCUCUGGCUCCCCCUGCUCCUCCCAGCAGAGUGUGUACCAGCCAGGGGAGGGCGGUGCCCAGACAGCCCCCUCUGUACCCACUGGCAGCUGGAACCCUUUUGGUGAUGACAACUUCUCCAAGCUCUCUGCAGAGGAGCUGCUCAACAAGGACUUUGCCAAGCUGGCCGAGACUACAACAGGGGAGAGGGCCAGCCUCUCCACAGAGAACCUCAUCUCAGGGCUGCAGCCUGUCUCUGCUGCUGGGGCCACAUGCAAGGCUUGCCCAGCUGAGAGAACUGCUGACAUCCUGGGUUUGGAUGCAGGCUCAGCGAUGUUGAGUGUCCCGGACCCCUUUAAUGCCCUCUCCCUCUCUGACACCACAGAGAAGCUGAUUGAGGGACUGAAGUCCCCUGAGACAUCUCUGCUGCUCCCUGACCUUUUACCCCUGGCUGACCCCUUCAGCAGCUCUGCAGAGGGCAGCAGCAAUGCAGUGAAGGCUGAGAUGUGUGUGGACUCUCUCAUCCCGAGCCUGGAUACAGUCUCAGCCAGCCUGCCAGACUCUCUGGCUGGAGAGGACUCUCUGCUGGGCUGCUCUCUGCUGUCUCACACCUCUACCCCUGGGGAUCAAACUAUCUGUGCACCACCCUCCUCCUGCUCCUCUGCCCCUCCUGGCUCUGCUUCCUGUCUGGACAAGCUAGCUCCAGUCUCAUUUGGCACUGCCCAGACAUCUGCUGAAUCCGCUUACCUCAUGUUGGGCUUCCAGCCACCCGAGGCUGGGGAGAAGGGCACUGAGGAUGAGUUUGACCCCAUCCCUGUGCUCAUCUCCAAACACUCCAACAACCAAGGUGGUCACUCGCGCAGCAACAGUGGCACUUCAGAGUCCAGCAUCCCCAACAUGGCCCGCUCCCUUCUGCUGGUGGAUCAGCUCAUCGACCUCUAGGGGGUUGGGAGAGAGAGGUCGAAGGGGCAGCUUGCAGUCGUAACAUGAUGGGGAGAGGGGGCAGCAGAGGCACUUAUGUAGCACCUUGCCAGGUGAAAUGGAGGAGUUUUAGUGUGGACUAGAGAAUACUUUCUCUGGUGUGCCUCCGUGCCCCCGCCUCCAUCUCUUGCUUUCUUGAUACGCUGGUUUCAAACCAUUCAUCCUGGCCGUUGGCAUUCCCAUGUUGGUAACAACAUGGCAUUAACUCCCCGUCCUGACGGACUGUCUGCUUCUGUCUUGGCUGCACUGUGGUCUUUAUCACGCUGUCAUCCAUCUGUCAACAUUCCUCUUUGUCCUGCCUUGCGGUUUCAACCCCACGCUAUUCACAUACUGCCUGGCUUGCCCAUAACCCCAUUGGCUUUGCUGUUUUACGUUUGCAUAAACCCUGAGCAAACAUUGUAUGUGUCCCAGGUCUGACCAUGUAACACAGCAGUAUAGUACUUCUAUCUCUCCUAGCUAUCUGUAUGCACUCUUCCUGUAGCAGCUAUGACCAUGUCUAGUCAUUAGAGCAAAGCAGGCCUUUAGGAAAGCAGACACUGACUGAACUAUCACGAGCUGCUUGCAUGGGCCAUACAGAUGAGACCAAUGAGCUGUCAGUCCUUAGGCUCCUGCCGUGUUUUUAACUUUUCUCAAACUGCUGUGGUUCACCGGUGCCCCCUGGGAAUGUUUGGCUGUCUGUUGCAAAUGGUCGAAGAUGUCUGUCAUUCUGAGGUCAAAAGCGCUUCUGCAACAUGCCCUGUUAUGGUGGACAUCUACAGUCUGUGUCUAGCUACCCCAAAACUGCCUCUGAUUGGUCUUCUACAACAACAUCUCCUUGACUGCACAACCAUGUUUAUCUUGGCUGUGCUUUAUGGAAGAUAUAUUUUUUUUUUUUAAUGUAUCUGAACAUUCCCUGGGAUUAUUGUUCCCGUGUUGUGCAUUUCCUGUAGUUUAAGGUCAUAUUGAGCUGGUGCAUUUUGCCUCUUACUAUACCUCUAAGUAUCAUAAUUAUCUGGAAAGGUUGACUCAUUCGUGGUAUUAUUCUAAAUGUGUGUAAUUCAUUUGAAUGCCCUCGUCUUCUUGGUCAUACUGUACAUUAAGACUGGUGCUCAAGACAUUUCUCUCUUGGGCAGAAUGCAUGCUAACCAGUUAUUGAUCAUGUGUAUUACAAUAAGAGCUUUAUCGUGGCUAUUCUGUUUGAUUUGGGUUUCUGUCCUCGGCCCAUUGGCAAGGCUAACAGAUAUACUUUUCCCAGAAUGUGAGAGAGAAAUGAGUCCCAUAUUGAGCAUGGAUACAGCUGAACAGUGCAAUGGUUGUGUAUCUCAUUGGUUGUUUAGUGAGGGUCAGCUGAUCUUUACCAGUGAGCCAGCAGAGUGAGUUGUAGGGUCAGCUGAUCUUUACCAGUGAGCCAGGAGAGUGAGAAGUAGGGUCAGCUGAUCUUUACCAGUGAGCCAGGAGAGUGAGCUGAUCUUUACCAGUGAGCCAGGAGAAUGAGAAGUAGGGUCAGCUGAUCUUUACCAGUGAGCCAGGAGAGUGAGCUGAUCUUUACCAGUGAGCCAGGAGAGUGAGCUGAUCUUUACCAGUGAGCCAGGAGAGUGAGAAGUAGGGUCAGCUGAUCUUUACCAGUGAGCCAGGAGAGUGAGAAGUAGGGUCGGGUCAGCUGAUCUUUACCAGUGAGCCAGGAGAGUGAGAAGUAGGGUCGGGUCAGCUGAUCUUUACCAGUGAGCCAGGAGAGUGAGAAGUAGGGUCGGGUCAGCUGAUCUUUACCAGUGAGCCAGGAGAGUGAGAAGUAGGGUCGGGUCAGCUGAUCUUUACCAGUGAGCCAGAAGAGUGAGAAGUAGGGUCGGGUCAGCUGAUCUUUACCAGUGAGCCAGGAGAGUGAGAAGUAGGGUCGGGUCAGCUGAUCUUUACCAGUGAGCCAGGAGAGUGAGAAGUAGGGUCGGGUCAGCUGAUCUUUACCAGUGAGCCAGGAGAGUGAGAAGUAGGGUCGGGUCAGCUGAUCUUUACCAGUGAGCCAGGAGAGUGAGAAGUAGAGUCGGGUCAGCUGAUCUUUACCAGUGAGCCAGGAGAGUGAGAAGUAGGGUCAGCUGAUCUUUACCAGUGAGCCAGCAGAGUGAGAAGUAGGGUCAGCUGAUCUUUACUAGUGAGCCAGGAGAGUGAGCUGAUCUUUACCAGUGAGCCAGAAGAGUGAGAAGUAGGGUCGGGUCAGCUGAUCUUUACCAGUGAGCCAGGAGAGUGAGAAGUAGGGUCGGGUCAGCUGAUCUUUACCAGUGAGCCAGGAGAGUGAGAAGUAGGGUCGGGUCAGCUGAUCUUUACCAGUGAGCCAGAAGAGUGAGAAGUAGGGUCGGGUCAGCUGAUCUUUACCAGUGAGCCAGGAGAGUGAGAAGUAGGGUCGGGUCAGCUGAUCUUUACCAGUGAGCCAGGAGAGUGAGAAGUAGGGUCGGGUCAGCUGAUCUUUACCAGUGAGCCAGAAGAGUGAGAAGUAGGGUCGGGUCAGCUGAUCUUUACCAGUGAGCCAGGAGAGUGAGAAGUAGGGUCGGGUCAGCUGAUCUUUACCAGUGAGCCAGGAGAGUGAGAAGUAGGGUCGGGUCAGCUGAUCUUUACCAGUGAGCCAGGAGAGUGAGAAGUAGGGUCGGGUCAGCUGAUCUUUACCAGUGAGCCAGGAGAGUGAGAAGUAGGGUCGGGUCAGCUGAUCUUUACCAGUGAGCCAGGAGAGUGAGAAGUAGGGUCGGGUCAGCUGAUCUUUACCAGUGAGCCAGGAGAGUGAGAAGUAGGGUCGGGUCAGCUGAUCUUUACCAGUGAGUGAGA